AUGUCCUCUCCACCACGCUCUCCGACGCACCGCCCUGCCUCUUCGCACCAGCGACACCCCGAGAGCCUGGACAUGUCCCACAACACGGCUUCGCGACGCCAGUCGUUCAAUCGCCGCCGCUCGUCCGGCUACUCGCCCGUAACCCCGCGCUCCUCGCACGACUUUGACGACAACCCGGCACACCACUUUGACGCCGCACAGCCACACGGCAAUGGCCUGGGAAAUCUGGCCGACGAGCUCGGCGAGGUCUGGGGCGACGAUGAAGACGAAGACGACGAGGCCAUGGACGCCGACUAUGCUGACGACCUCGACCACCGCCACCACCACCUCGACCACCAUCAUGACGACCCGGCAAUCGGCACCGCCGUCGAGCACGACGGCUCCUACGGCAUCGACAGCGUCGCCAGCCUCAACGGCGUGCGCGACAGCGGCGUCGCCAUGCAGGACUCGUCGCCCACGCACCUGAGCCCCGCCUCGGCUACCAAGACCAGGCGGCACAGCAGGCACAAGUCGUCCAUGUAUGACGGAUCCGACUAUGGCGACGACUCGGACCUCGACACCGAAGGCAUCUCGCCCGCGCUCGAGUCGAGAAUGGCGGCCAUCGAGAGUCUAGCGCGGCGGGGCAUGGAGGAGAACGGGAGCCCGGCUGACGAGGUGGUAAAGAGGGUCACGGAACAACUACGAGACUUGGGGAGUCAGAUUGCGAUAGAGAAUGGAUCGACGAGGCUGAAAACGGCCCACGAUGCCCUAACAACGCAUCUGACGCAUCAAUCCCGUACCCUCACCUCGCUAGCAGCCUCCUUCUCGGGGCCGCGACCCAUCAUACCGGACCCAGAAACAAUCGAGGAACUCCUCCCAAUCAUACAAACAACGCUCGAGGUACUCCCUUACUCGUCCACGGAGCCCCUCGUUGCGCUAUCGCACCUCACCCACUCGAGCCGCGAGCUCCUCCAACAUCUCGCCAACGUCAGCGACACGCUCCACAUGUCGCGGCAAACCACGGUCAAUGCCACGCGCCGGCUCAAGGUCAGCAAGGAACAGCUGCAAGACUGGAAACGCGACAACGAACGUACAAAGGAGGCCCAGGACUACAUUGAGCAUGGAGACUGGGAUCGCCGGCUCAAGGAGCGUGAGGCAAAGCGCGCGUGUGCAGAUGUGCUGGAUGGCUUUGAAGAUGUCUGUGGCCAAUGGAGGAAAAGACUGUGUGAUGGAUUGGGUGUGGCGGGAUAAGUGGGUAGAAUUCUCUUUUUUUCUCUUUCCCUCUCUCUCUCUCUUCCCAUCUUGCAUCUUCUAUCUUCAAAUCUUCAUAUACCUACGUUAGAGCAUAGAUAGAUUUUUCUUCUUCUUCUUCUUCUUCUUCUUCUUCUACUACUACUACUACUAC